AUGACCAAAAUUCAAUUCUUCUUUAUUUUGUUUUCAUCCCUAAUAUUUAUUGUAUUUUCUCGUCCACCGGUGCAAAAUGAGAUGAGACAAACUGGUGAAUCGCUUGAAUUUAUCGAUUAUUUUGAAGAUUUUUUCCCAGUUUUGGCAAAUUCGACGAAACUUCAUGUGGGUUUAUCUUAUCUUUUUCUUUGAUGUCAAAAUGUUGUAUCAGCUGAUGUUUUCAGGAAAAUUGGCAAUUUGAAAAGAAAAAAUAUUUGACACUUUUGGGAUCAACAAAUACAGAUGGAAAGAAAAUGCGAAUGAUGAUGAAAAUGUUGAGAUAA